CGUUAUCCCACCAUCAUCCCUUCGUUGUCGUCGUCAUCAUGCUGACGCUUAGCUCGCCGGUGCUACCCUUGCUAGACGCACCAGACGUCAAGGCCGAGCUGCUCGCCGUCAUUGGCCGAGCAGCUCCCCUUUUGAUCCCAUCAUCACUCGUAUCCAGCCUCUCAGCUGAGAAGCUUUCCCUCCUUUCUUCUUACCUCGUCCAGGCUGAUGCUUCCAUCUCCAGCAGCCAAGCUGCCGACUUACUCGAUGGAGGAGCAGACGCGAUCGUGCUCUCUGCAAACGAUGCGUCCACCUUCCUCGAUGGGGAGCAACCUCUGCUUCCUCUGGAAAGAGUCGUUCUCUCUCUUGACUCGACGACAGCCGCCUCGUUGCCUGCAUACGCUGAGAAGGGACUCGCAGGCGUCAUCGUCACUCUUCCGGAGGGAGUCGCCAUCGAGAGCUCUCAGGCAGGCGACAUCGUCGGAUCCUUUGCUUCCGUCAUGAAGACGAAGGACACUGGCAGGCCAGUCUAUGUCGCUCAGCAGGGCGCCGCUGCCCCUACGCCCAAGACGAGCGACGCUGCUCGCCUCUUCUCGCUCCAAUCCUCUCUCAUCGUCCCCACUUCUCAGCUAUCCCUCGACUCCUCCAGACUUGACUUCGUCGACGCCUUCCUCUCCCCCCUCCAAUCAGAUCGCAAAGAUGGUCUUUUCCCCACCAAUGUAGUAGCAGCCGCCCUCCUCACCUCUUUGGGUCUCGUCUACUCGUCUCGCGAGUCUCUGCGUGAGUCGCUCCUCACAGGCUCAGCCGUCUACCAGUCAAGAACGCGUGGCCUCUGGCGUAAGGGAGCCAGCAGCGGAGCCACGCAGGAGGUGGUGCGAAUCAGGAUGGACUGUGAUGCCGAUGCGCUUGAAUUCAAGGUGCGACAGCGAAAGGGUACUACAUCGGCUGCUCAUGCGGGCUUCUGCCACCAGAGCACAAAGGAGAGCUGCUUUGGUCCCCUUGAAGGUCUGGCUAAGCUCGAGGCUACGCUCAAGUCGAGGAAGGAGUCAGCACCCAAGGGCAGCUACACGGCAAGGAUCUUCAGCGAUGAGGCGCUGCUUGCUGCCAAGAUCAGGGAAGAGGCGACGGAGCUUGUAGACGCCAAAGACGAAGACAAGGAGCACGUUGCGUUUGAGGCGGCCGACUUGCUCUACUUUGCCCUCGCUCGUUGCGUCCGAGCGGGCGUAUCGCUCGAGGAUGUCGAGCGCAGCUUGGACGUCAAGGCGAAGAAGGUUACGAGGAGAAAAGGAGACGCAAAGCCGCAAUUCACCACAGCGCCCGGCGCAGCUCAGAAGGCCGACGCGGCUGGAGCCAAGCCCGUAAAUGGUACCACUGCAGCUGCGCCCCCUGCUGCCGUUGCUGCCUCUUCCGACCCGAACGCCCCCAUCCUGAUGCAGUCCUACAUCUACGAGGACCUGUCAACCGAGCAGCGCGCCGCCUUGCUCAAGCGUCCAGCAAUCAAGACUGAAGCAACCAUGGAGCUCGUGCGCCCGAUCCUCAAGUCGGUCAAGGAGCGGGGCGAUGCAGCUGUGCUCGAGCUCACAGCCAAAUUCGACCGUGCCCAGCUCACCUCAACCGUCCGCCGUGCACCGUAUGCCACGCCAGAUGUCAUGGCAAAGAUCAAGCCGGAGGUCAAGACGGCCAUCGACCGUGCGUAUGCGAACAUCUACAAGUUCCACCACGCCCAGAAGGUCACGGGAGGGAACAAGCCCGCUUCCGCUGUCGGAGCUUCAGGCGUGGCUCCUGGAACGGGCGAAGGGGAGGAUGAUGCAGUACUCGAAGUCGAGACGAUGCCCGGAGUAGUGUGCCGUCGCUUCGCCCGCCCGAUCCAACGCGUAGGCCUCUACGUCCCCGGAGGCACGGCCGUGUUGCCCAGCACGGCCCUUAUGCUCGGCAUCCCGGCCCAAAUCGCUGGAUGCCCCACCAUCGUCCUCGCCACUCCUCCACGUCCGGAUGGCAGCAUCGCCCCCGAAGUCCUCUACGUGGCGGACAAGGUUGGCGCGACUGCCCUCUUGUGCGCCGGAGGAGCGCAAGCUGUCGGCGCCAUGGCGUACGGGACCGAGUCUUGCCCUAAAGUGGACAAGAUCUUUGGGCCCGGCAACCAGUUCGUGACGGCUGCCAAGAUGCUCGUACAGAACGAUGUUGACGCCCUCGUCUCCAUCGACAUGCCCGCUGGACCUUCGGAGGUGCUCGUCAUCGCAGACGAGCAAUCGAACCCUGACUUCGUAGCUUCGGACCUCCUCUCUCAAGCGGAGCACGGCCCCGACUCGCAGGUCGUUCUGGUGGGGAUCGCCCUCACCAAGGCGAAGUUGCAGGCCAUCGAGGCCAGCCUCGACAAGCAGGCAAAGGCUCUCCCUCGCUGCGAGAUCGUCCGCAGGGCAAUCGAGAAGAGUGUGACCGUCGUCGUGCCCGACGCGGCCAAGGCGCUGGAGUGGAGCAACGCCUACGCUCCCGAGCACUUGAUCCUGCAAUGCUCUAAUCCGGAGGUCAUCGCAAAGGGUGUUUUGAACGCUGGAUCCGUCUUUAUCGGUCCCUGGACCCCGGAGAGUGUGGGUGACUAUGCCAGUGGGUCUAACCACUCGCUCCCCACAUUCGGCUACGCACGUCAGUUCAGUGGCGUGUCAACCGGCUCCUUCCAGAAGCACAUCACUGCCCAGAGCCUCACGGAGGAGGGACUCAAGGGUCUCGGACCGCACGUUGUUGCGCUCGCUGAGUGUGAGGGACUGGAGGCGCACGCGGAGGCAGUGAGGAUCAGGUUGGCUCAAUUGAAGGGCGGCAAGUAGGAGAAAUCGCUGGCUUCUCGUCACUCGUUCUCUAUUGGCCUUGAAUACAUUGCUCUUUGCCCGUACCCCGUCGAGGGCGAGUUGUGCU